CACUGCGAAGAUGGCGGAACUUGGGGACCCCGUUAAAUAACGUGUGGAAAUCCAAAGGAUCCGGACCCACAGAACCGGAGGCUGGUGGAGAGACCGUGUUCUCCAGGAACAACGCCCUAUGCCAUGGCGUCGCCUCAUGCCCGAAUCGGCCGACAGGCGUUGGCCGUACUGGAUGUGGCAUUUAGAGUUCCCUGCAUCUUUAUUAUCGACGCCAUUUUUAACUCUUACUAUGAUCCCGGGUCCGGUUGGGCCGGGGCCACUGGAAAGCUCUUACUCCAAUUUUUGGGUAUCCUGGUUUCCAGUGUGGUCCUGGUCUUAUCUCAGAGGGCCCUCUUCAGGUUCUACAUGCUCUUCCUCGCAGUGCUCCUGGGAACAGUGGCCGUCCUCAUCAACUACCAUGCCAGUUCACAUAUAGACUUCUACAGCACAUACUACAAGGCAGCGCUGGGCUUCAGGCUGCUGCCUCGGAGCGGACCCACACUCUGGUUGGGAAUGGCUGUUGUCCAGCUCCUGUUUGGCCUGGGGUACGUGGUGUUGCUAAACGUCCAGUCUAUUUUUGCAGCCCUCAUCGUCCUUGACAUCAUGAUUCCCAUCUGGGGGCUUGUCGUUGAGCUGCCCGUGGACGUGCGGCAGCUGGUGGCUAUCACCUCUGGCCUGGUGCUGGCCAUCAACACGGCUGUGUACCUGACCCUGAAGCUGAAAUGGUUCUAUUACUCCUGCCGCUACGUCUUCCUGCUGGUCCGCCACAUGUACAGGAUCUACGGGGUACAGCUGCUAGUGGAGGACACCUGGAAGAGGAUCCGCUUUCCGGACGUGCUGCGGGUCUUCUGGCUGACGCGGAUGACGGCACAGGCCAUCAUCCUGGUGUAUGUGGUUAAGGUGGUCAGGAACGAAAACGGCGAGCAGACCUAUCUAACCUGGGACGUGUUCUGGGACUUGCUCAGCAACCUCAUCAUCAGCGGUUGCGACUCCACGCUAACGGUGCUGGGCAUGAGCGCGGUUAUCUCUUCCAUAGCACACUACCUAGGGCUGAGCAUCCUGGCUUUCAUCGGCUCCACCGAGGAGGAGGACAAGCGUCUGGGCUUCGUGGCGCCGGUUCUGUUCUUCAUCCUGGCUCUGCAAACAGGGCUCAGUGGCCUGGACCCCGAGGAGAGACUGGUUCGGCUCAGCCGCAACAUGUGCCUUCUGCUGACCGCCAUCUUGCAUUUCAUCCACGGGAUGACGGACCCGGUCCUCAUGUCUCUGAGUGCCUCCCACGUCUCGUCUGUCCGGAGGCACUUGCCCGUCCUCUUGGUGUCCCUCUGCCUCUUCGUGCUGCCCAUCAUUCUGAGCUAUGCCCUCUGGCAUCACUACGCGCUCAACACCUGGCUGUUCGCCGUCACGGCCUUCUGCGUGGAGCUGUGCCUCAAAGUCAUCGUGUCCCUGACGGUCUACACGCUGUUCAUGGUGGACGGCUACUACAACGUCCUGUGGGAGAAGCUGGACGACUAUGUGUACUACAUGCGUUCCACGGGCAAUGUCAUCGAGUUCAUCUUCGGUGUCAUCAUGUUCGGGAAUGGAGCGUACACCAUGAUGUUUGAGUCUGGCAGCAAGAUCCGGGCCUGCAUGAUGUGCCUCCAUGCCUACUUCAACAUCUACCUUCAGGCUAAGAAUGGCUGGAAGACGUUCAUCAACCGGCGGACUGCCGUAAAGAAGAUCAACUCCCUCCCGGAGGUCAAAGGCAGCCAGCUGCGUGACAUUGAGGACGUCUGCGCCAUCUGCUACCAGGAGUUUGCCACAUCUGCGCGUCUCACUCCCUGCCAUCACUACUUUCAUGCCCUCUGCUUGCGCAAGUGGUUGUACAUCCAGGACACGUGUCCCAUGUGCCACCAGAAGGUCUACAUAGAAGAGGAGUCCCGGGACAGUGCUCCUUUUUCCAACAACAACGGCUAUGUUGCCCCCAAUGAGAAUGUGGGCGAGUUCCCCGAAGCCGUAGGGGCGGAGGCUGCAGCAGUGGCCGGUGAACCAGAGCUGGAAAAUGAACUCCUGGAAGAUAAUGACAGUAUUGAGUACGAUGAGGACGAGUGGGGGACACAGAAUGGAGGAACGCCUAUAGAGGAAGACUAUAUUAAUGAUGACACAGACUCCAGUGGGGAAUGAUCAGAGAAUAUUUAAGUUUAGCGUCAUUAUUGUCAACAUCAGGGAUGUUCUGUUUUUUCCUUUUGUCUCUUUUUUGUUUGUUUCUAUGUUUGUUUAUCAAGGGCUUAUGGAGGGGUAAAAAUUAUAAUGAGGUGUGUGGUACAGUGUGCCCAGGGGAUACUGACAUGUCCAAUACAAGAGAUUCAAAUCCUUUAUUUCCUAAGGAUGCUAAUAAUCAUAUUUUUACUGGUUCACUGACAGUAAAUUUGUGAAGAUAGCCUUUGUAUUAAAAAAGCGUUAAAAUGACAGAGUUGUUGUUUCUGUUGGCUACAUUGACCUGUGUUGGCAGCCCCACAGGCCAUUUUUCUCUUUAAAAUUUGAGGUUCAGAUGGCUACCUCAUUUACUCCCUUUUCUUUAUCCUGGUGGUGAAGAACUACCAAAAAACUAGCUUCUGGUGACUUUCCACCUAGUUAGCUAGGUGGAAAAACAAUUCAGCUUAACAGAUUUAGAUAUCCUCAUGCAUUACUUUAAUGUUAGAUAAUCAGGAGAGGAAACUGUUUUGUGAUUUGUAGCUAGCAUGUAAGCAAGCAGAAGUAUAUGAAUAAAAUGGAAAAAAGUUCUCUGUCUUCCCAUGCUGUGAAUGAUGUCUCCAUCUGGCUGGGCAUGUUCAUUGUUUACUUUAGAAAUCAUUUCUAUUUUCAGGAUAUUCCAUGAUUGACAUGGCUUUUUGCCAUGCUGCUGCCUCUUUGGUGGUUCCAUAAACACACCUUCUGUCUAAAGCAGUAUAACCACACCCUGGCCUAACUGAGUACUAUGUAGCCAGCUGUACUUGUAGAGACCUGCUUUUAACUCGUCACAUACAUAGUCUUUUCAGCAGGCCACUGUCUAACCGUAGGUGAAUGUGGCUAAUGGAAACAAGCUAAUAUUUGUUAUGAUGAAAUGCAAAGAAUCUCUUAAAAUGGACAGGUCAGAGAGUUCUGUGGCAGAAAGAAGGAUUUGAGUUAGUGUGAUGUGCUGCUGUAACCACAUAUAUACCUCCUCGCAUUACUACUGGUCUCUUGUGUGACCUUGCUAAAAUUGUGUACAUUAUUGUACAUGUAAUAAAAUAGAUUUUCCUGUAUAAAAAAGAGGUAUCCAAAUGAAUGUUUUGGAAAAAAGAUGUUAAAUUGGAGGAGAUUAUUCUAAGUGAGAUUAAAUUUAACAACUCAGCAUUGUAUUU